AUGACCCAAACGCGAUUCUCUGUGCCUACCCAGUGAACAACUGCGUCAUGAAGUUCACCUACUCGGAGCUUGCCAGUGGGAAAUCCAACCUCACCGUCCUCAAAGAGCCAGCAUGCAGCUCAGCCCCCAGCGCCGUGACCAUCGUGCUGGCGGUGAUCGGCAGCGUGGUGCUGAUCGGCAUCAUCCUGCUGGGGCUCUGGAAGCUGCUCGUCACCAUUCAUGACAGACGGGAAUUCGACCGAUUCCAGAGCGAACGCUCCCGGGCCAGAUACGAAAUGGCAUCCAAUCCUCUCUACCGAAAGCCUAUUUCCACGCAUAACGUAGAGUUCACGUUCAACAAGCUCAACAAGUCUUACAACGGUACAGUUGACUGAUGGGGUCUCGGCGCCUGGGACUGCUGUGGACAAUUGCUUGACUGUAUGUGCUGCUUCCCCACUUGAAGAUGGGAUCCUCUUCAGGGGCAAGGAUCCCUUACGACAGGACUGGUCGAUGACCAAAGCCUGUUAUUUGCACAGUAAGGAGAAAAGUCUGGUUCAUUCUGGAGGCACGGACACGAAGGCAGGCUCCCCGCCUGUGCUGAUGGACUCCGAGCCAUGCGCAACUCCAUACCCCAGCUUUCUGGAUAUAUUAAACCUGCCAACUAAGUCAACCAAGUGCCAUAUUGCAGCUUUAGACAUAUCCCAUUAGAAAGGGUGACUAGGUCAAAAACCAGGGGAGCCCAUGCCAUCGCAAGUUGUUAGGGGGGAAUUAGCUUAAAAAGAAGAGGGUUUUGGAAGCAUUUGUAUAAGAAAUUAGGAUACAAGAGUUCUGCAGUCUUUAGGAUUUUUUUUUUAUAUAAAAAAACAAAAUAAAACUAUUGUGCAUAUA